AGAAGAUACUGUGCUGUUAUCCAGUUGUCAUAGUUGAUUGCGUUCUACUAAUCUUCAAGACUUGCAUCGGAGUUAGAGUGUAAGUUGUGACAAUGACAACUGAAGUUGGCUCAGAGACUGAAGUAAAGAAAGAUUCUGAGCAGCUGGGACCAGACAAAGCCAAGGACAAGCCUGAAGAAGCAUCAGAGACUCCAGAAAAUCAAAAGUCCAGGGAAACAUCCUCUGAAGAAGCUCAAGAUUCUUCAUCUGUCCCAGCACCAACUAGCCAAAGUAGUCCAAGUAGCCAGAAAAAGGAAAAAGCUUCACCUGAAAGCAAGGGUAUUUCUCGUUUCCUUCCCCCCUGGCUUAAGAAACAAAAAUCAUACACCUUGGCAGAGCCCAAAGAUGAGACCAAGAAAAAGGCCACAGGGGAAGAACAAGUAGUUGAAGAAAGUGAACGCCAGACAGCAGAGGGGGUGGCUCAGCCAAAAAAGAGCUUAGAAGAAGCAGCGGCUGAAAAUCAGCAUAACGCUAAAGCAGAUGACAAAGAAGAAAAACACUCCGUUAGUAGUGCUGAAACACAGCCUGCUAAAGAAGAUGGUAAAGAAGUGGAAGUAGAGAAAGUUGCGGAGGAAAAGGAAGAAAAAGAAAAAAGGGAGACAAAAGAAGUACAGACAGCUGAAAUUAAAACAGAAAACACUCCUCAGAAGUCUCCCAAGAAAAUUAAAACUGUGCAGUGUAAAGUGAUGCUUCUGGAUGGCACGGAAUACAACUGUGACCUAGAGAAAAGAGCAAAAGGCCAAGUGCUGUUUGACAAAGUGUGCGAACAUCUCAAUUUACUGGAAAAGGAUUAUUUUGGGCUGUUGUUUUAUGAGAAUUCAGAACAGAAGAACUGGCUAGAUUCUUCGAAGGAAAUUAAGAGACAAAUUCGAAGUUUACCUUGGAUAUUCACCUUUAAUGUGAAGUUUUAUCCCCCUGAUCCUUCACAGCUGACUGAAGACAUCACUAGAUAUUUCUUGUGCCUACAGCUUCGUCAGGAUAUUGCUUCUGGUCGACUGCCCUGUUCUUUUGUGACUCACGCCCUCCUUGGUUCAUAUACCCUGCAGGCUGAGCUGGGUGAUCAUGACCCUGAGGAGCACCGAAGUGACUAUAUCGGUGAAUUCCAGUUUGCACCCAAUCAGACUCAAGAAAUGGAAGAGAAAGUAGCUGAGCUACACAAAACACACAGGGGCUUGACUCCAGCACAGGCGGAUUCCCAGUUCCUAGAAAAUGCUAAGAGACUCUCCAUGUACGGAGUGGAUUUACAUCAUGCCAAGGAUUCUGAAGGUGUGGAUAUCAUGCUGGGUGUAUGUGCUAAUGGACUGCUCAUUUACAAAGAUAGACUCCGGAUCAACCGCUUUGCUUGGCCAAAAAUUCUGAAGAUUUCAUAUAAGCGAAGUAAUUUCUACAUCAAAGUCAGGCCAGCAGAACUGGAACAGUUUGAGAGCACUAUUGGGUUCAAACUGCCAAACCAUCGGGCUGCUAAAAGGUUAUGGAAAGUUUGUGUGGAGCACCAUACUUUCUUCAGACUUGUAUCACCAGAACAGCCUCCAAAAGCAAAGUUUCUGACCUUGGGUUCCAAGUUCCGCUACAGUGGACGCACGCAGGCACAGACACGACAGGCUAGCAACCUCAUAGACAGACCAGCUCCGUACUUUGAGCGCACUUCAAGCAAACGUGUUUCCAGGAGCCUUGAUGGAGCUCCCAUGGGUAUCUCAGAUCAAAGUCUGCUAAGAGACUUCCCUGCUGCUGGAGGGCAGGCUGCUGGAGAUAAAAUCAUUGACCUUGAAGCUGCUGGUCAGGCCAAGUUAAAAGAAGGUGGCAGAGAAGAAGAUGGAAGCCCAGUCAAAACUCCACAAUUAGAGUUGACUCAGGAUGGAAAGGACCUGGAUAAGACCCAGGACGACUUACUGAAACACCAGGCUAGCAUUAGUGAGCUCAAGCGCAAUUUCAUGGAAUCCACACCUGAACCACGCCCAAAUGAAUGGGAAAAGCGGCGUAUCACACCUCUGUCCCUACAGACACAAGGGAAAAAAGGAGACCACAUUUUCCAAAUGAAAACUCUGCCUGGGAAGGAGAAGCAAUGGACUGCAAUGCCAUGGAUUGCUGGAGCAAAACCAGAGGAAACCGAUAAGAGACAUGCUUCCAGAACAGGAGGGCCUUGUACUGGAGUCAGCGAUGCUGAUAAGAGUUCACAUGAGACUCUGGACAUAGUCGAGGAGAAGAAGCAGGCAGAGGUUGGGAUAGAAGAAACACUAGUCGUAGAUGAAGCCAACAAAGGGAAAAUGCAAGUUGCCACUGAUGCUGGGGAAACGUGUAAGGUGGAGCAUCUGUCAAAAAAGGACUCUUCAUCAUUGCCAUCAGAUAGUAGCAGCAGCAGCAGCAGUAGUAGUGAGAGUGAGGAUGAAGAGGUGGGAGAAUACCAGCCACAUCAUAGGGCAAUUGAGGAAGUCAUCAGGGAAGAACAGGAAGAAGAGGAAGACGUGAAAAGGAAAGAACAUGAAGAAAAAAUACAGCAUGUGGAAGCCACACCAGAAAGCAGUAAACUAAAUGUACCAGUUGAGCGCACACAAGUUACAGCUGAAGAUGUGGUCCAGGAAAAUGCAGUUGCCAUAGCUACAGAAGAGCAGAAUUUGUCAGAGGGAAUUAAGCAAGAUUUGGGUGAAGAAAAAGAGGAGGAAGAGCUCAAACUCAAUGGAGAUGUGUCUCAUGUUGACAUUGAUGUUGCACCACAAAUAAUUUGUUGUUCUGAGCCUCCCGUAGUGAAAACAGAGAUGGUAACCAUUUCAGAUGCCACACAGAGAACUGAAAUCUCCACUAAAGAAGUUCCAAUUGUUCAAACAGAAACUAAAACUAUCACAUACGAAUCUCCACAGUUUGAUGGCAGUGCUGGUGUCAAUGCUGGUGUACUGCUGAGUGCACAGACAAUUACAUCAGAGUCAGUUUCUACUACCACAACUACACACAUCACAAAGAUGGUAAAAGGUGGGGUAUCAGAAACAAGAAUUGAGAAGCGCAUUGUCAUUACUGGAGAUGCAGAUAUUGACCAUGAUGAGGCCCUGGCACAGGCAAUCAGAGAAGCCAAAGAACAGCACCCUGACAUGUCUGUCACAAGAGUGGUUGUGCACAAAGAAACUGAACUUGCUGAGGAAGAUGAAGAGUAAAAUCAAAAAUGCCCUCAAGCAAAUGCUUCAGAAGUACAAAUGAUACUGACCAUGAUCAUGACCAUGAAGAACUGUAAUCAUUCCAAGUCAUCACUAUUCUACCGAAUUCACCAUGCCUAGCAAUGAUGACCACAUGUUCAAGAGUUAAAUGCCAAUACCAAACUCCAUUUUAACAUCUUUGGUCUAUAUUCCCUUACAAUCUUUCUUGUUUAUUUUUUAUAACCACUUCUUAACAAUGUUAGACUUUUGUAAAAAAGGUUUUAGAGGGUAUGAUCUUCUUUUGCACAAAUACUUGUAUUUUUGAAGCUGACUCUUAAUUAGAUGAAAGUGAACAAAAAGGUCUGGAAAGCAUUGUUCACUGGAGCAGGUGGUAAUUGUGCAAGAAGAGGGAUCUUAACUAAUUUAGAUAUAGUUUUUUCCAAAUAUUUUAAGUCUUACUGGAGUAAUUUACAGAUUUUUUUUUUCAGAUUAUUCAGGUAAAUAUAUGGUAUCACAUAACAAAGUUUUUUAUAAAAAUACAACAUUUCCUAAAAUUUGAAAAAAUAUAUUUCUUUGAAUAAAUUUUAUACUGAUAGCUCUGUAACUCUUUCUGGUCUAAGAUUGUGCUCCCUGUGAAGCAGGGGUGGUGUGGCAGUCCAUAGAGGAGAAGGAGUUGCAGACACAUUUCUUCUGACUGAGCACUGUGUUCUUUUUGCACUUUGGUGCCAAUGCUCAACUAUCUGCAGACGUUUUGCUGUUUGCAUCAUUCCAGAUAAGGAAAGAAGAAAGAGCAAAAUCUCUCUCUCUUCUUCCAGCAAGAGGUGAUCUAGGCAGCUUAAAACCUUAGUGCUUUUUUUCUUACUGUGUCCAAACUUCAACACUUCCAUUCUUUGAAUACAUGUGUAGAAUGCUCGCUUUCUAUUAAACCUCACUGUCUCCAUGUUAGAACUGACGUUUCUGUUACUGAGAAGGUAUGCGUUUCAGAUGCUUUGUCUAAUAGUUAAUGCAGGUUUUUAGGACACUGAGUAAAAGCAUACGAUGGACUUCAUUCAUAAAGUAAUAAGUCAGUACCAUCAUUUGAGACUGCCAUUGAGAAAACCUGUUAAUUAUUUUGGAUUUUAUUUUUAUUUUGUUCUUGCAGGGGAGUUGAUUGUUUGGGGUUUUUUUUGCUGUUGACUCUGUGUAUAGUUAAAAUG